AUGCCGAAAUUUUGCUUGGUUUUAAACUGUUCCCACGACACGUCUAAGCGAAAAGAUCUUUCCUUUUGUCGAGUGCCCAAAAUCGUAACGAGGCAAGGCGAAGAAACGGAGAUUUUGUCAACGGAACGUAGGCGAAGGUGGCUGACCGCCAUAAGCCGUGACGACCUUACGGACAAAAUUCUUGAAAAUGAUCGUGUUUGCGGCGAACAUUUUCAUUCUGGAAUAGCUGCUCCUCUGUGGGAUAAGUGGAACGUCGAUUGGGUACCAUCGCUUAAGCUUGGACACGAGAAACUAAAGGUUAGCGAAGCAUCAGUUCAGCAAAGUCAGGAAAGAGUCAGACGAGCCACAGAACGUACAAAGCGCAUGGUCGAGAAAGACUCUGAAAAUUCUCAGAUAAGUCUUGCCAAAAAGCGAUUAAAGCACAACGAAGCUGGCCAUAGUGUUCAAAACAUAUCAUUCGACGUGGAAAUGGCAGAUAUUGAGGACAUUUCUGAGAACUUACCCGACAACUUGAGGCAUGCUGUAACCCAAACAGAGUUGAGCUGUAACACUGUGCUCUCGCCUGAGCCCAUACAUCAGAACUUGCCAUCUUCUGAUUUUGACGAAGCUUUUUUUUCUGGAGAUGAUGACAAAGUUAAGUUUUACACUGGUUUGCCAUCCUUUGAAAUUCUGCAAACAGUCUUCUUCUUUGUUGCAUCACAUGUUGAUAGACGACGUGGAGUUCUAACUAAGUUUCAAGAGUUUUGUAUGGUGUUAGUGAAGCUAAGACUUUCUGUCCCACACCUUGAUCUUGCAUAUCGUCUAAAGAUCUCGACGUCUUCUGUCUCUCGUAUUUUAGUUACUUGGAUAACUGUAAUGGAUAUUCGAUUAACUCCAAUUAUUAAAUGGCCUAGUCGUGAUGAGUUGUACAAGACCAUGCCUAGAUGUUUUUUGGAUGCGUUCGGUCGUAAAACUACAGUUAUUAUUGAUUGUUUUGAAAUUUUCAUCGAUCGGCCAUCCAACCUUCUUGCAAGAGCUCAGACCUUUUCAAAUUAUAAACACCACAACACUGUCAAAGUUUUAAUUGGAGUUACACCACAAGGGACAAUUUGUUUUGUGAGUGAGGCUUGGGGAGGAAGAACAUCAGACAAGUUUUUGACUGAGAAGUGUGGAAUUCUUGAGAAACUUUUGCCAGGUGAUAUGGUCCUUGCUGACAGAGGUUUUACUGUGCAUGAAAGUAUUUGGUUCCGUCAUGCUGACCUGAAUAUUCCAGCAUUUACAAAGGGAAAGGAUCAACUCGAUCCUGUUGAUGUAGAGAAGACAAGACAGAUUGCUACACUGAGAAUCCACGUUGAGAGAAUUAUUGGGACAUUGAGACAGAAGUACACCAUCCUUCAACAAACUUUGCCAACAGAUUAUCUUGCCUGUAGAUCUGGUGAAUCUGUACCUCUCAUUGACAGGAUGUUAAGAGUUUGCUCAGCUCUUGUCAAUCUUUGCCCACCUACCAUCCCAUUUGACUGA